CUCAAAACAAAACACGAGCUGAGAGCCAUGGCCGUCGUCCUCCUCCGCCGCAUGUUCUCUUCCUCAACGACGUCUCCAAGCCCUAAUCCCGAGAAACCUCAGCGCCUCAAGGCCCUUAUCAACCGCAUGUUUAAGAUCCGCGACCCCGACGCCCUAGUCUCAGCUUUCAACUCCGCCUCCUCCGCCCACGCCCGCUUCCGCGCCUCCCAUAACAUCUACUCCUCCGCCAUCCACCGCCUCUCCGCCGUAGACCGCCCCGACUGCGUCCGCGCCAUCCUCGAACACCAGAAGCAGUUCCCGGACCUCCGCCGUGAGGGUUUUGCCCUCCGCCUCCUCUCCCUCUACGGUGCCGCCAAACUCCCCGACGACGCGAUCGCUACCUUCCGCCAGCUCCCCUCCCUUGACUGCCCCCGCUCUAUCAAGUCCUUCAACGCGCUCCUCUCCGCAUGCUUGGAGUCCAAGGCCUUCAACCUCAUACCCGACCUUUUCAAGCAAAUCCCUUCUGAAGACCCCUCCAUUACUCCCAGUCUCUGUUCCUACAACAUUCUGAUCCACGCUCUCUGUGAAAAACCUGAUCUUGAUGCUGCUUUCAAGAUCCUGGAUCUCAUGGAGUCCAAUGGCAUCUCCCCUGAUUUGGUCUCCUUUAAUACUCUGUUGAAUGCUUACUAUACCAAUGGCCUGAUUGAUAAUGCAGAGAAAGUUUGGGUUUUGAUGCAUGAGAAGAAGAUUGAACCUGAUACCAAGAGCUUCAAUGCAAAAUUGAGGUGGUUGGUCUCCCAAGAGAGGGUGCUUGAAGCAUCAGAGCUUGUUGAUGAAUUGAGGAAGAAUGGGCCAAAGCCGGAUGCUUUUUCAUUUGAUGCUUUGAUCAGGGGGUUUUGUAAUGAUGGUAAGCUGGAGGAAGCCAAGGGAUUAUUCAUGGAGCUGACAGAGAGUGAUUAUGCUCCAGUUCAUACCACUUUUGAGAUAUUGAUUCCAAAACUUUGUGAUAAUGGUGAAAUAGACCUGGCCUUUAAGAUAUGUUGUGAUUCUCUGAGUAAUAAGAGGUUCAUAGAUGCAAACACAUUGCAGAACUUGGUUGAUAAGUUGGUGGAGAGAUCAAGAAUGGAGGAGGCCAAAAAGCUGGUGGAACUUGGACGAUUGAAUGGUUGCUCAAGGAAAAACUUGAGGAUUCCGGAGUCAUGUGCUUCGGGGUAAUUCUAUUUAGCCAUCGCCAUUGCCUCUUACUAAUGGAUUUUGAUGUGUUCAGUUCUAUAUGUCCACAAUGAAAGCCAUAUAUACAUUCUUCUGUAUCAAUUAUUAUUGUCGGAUAAUUACCUUAAGACUGAUGCAUUAUCUGGACAUCUCUGUGACAAUUUUCUAGUUAACUUCAAAAAAUC